AUGACAUCAUGCGUACUGCUGCUGCUCACUCCGUCACAUCCAUCACCACAGCCCGUGCGUGAGCCCAGCCUCCAGCCCCCAGUGCGUGUGCGUGUCUCCGGCCUCCAGCUGCGACAUGACGCCCGAGCACGCUGUGUGGUGAUGCAGCAGAAGUUGUGUUCCCGCGGCUCCUUGUUCCAGGACAGGACGAGCCCAGCAGCCCCUGAGCCCAGCGAGGAGCCGCCCUACAGCAGGCACUCCUACAGCAGGCACUCCUACAGCAGGCACUCCUACAGCAGGCACUCCUACUGCUCUCCUGAUGUGUCCCUGAGCAACUUCAGUAUCACGGGUACGCUGCCCGACCCCAGCACCGCCGCCAUCUCCUGGUACGACAUGAGCCUCCCCACGCGCAGGGGUCCUGCAGGCUGCACCGGGAGACCCCCCCACAUACGCUCCCUCAGCGACAGCCGGGACAGCGGGUACCCACACUCCUACGCCUCCGUCAGACGGAGGACGCAGAGUGUGGGGGUGGGCACGCACACUGACCAGGAGGAGGAGGAGGAGGAUGGUUCAGAGGAGGAGGAAGAGGAGGAGGAGGAGGAGAGAGGGGACAUGCAUAAGAAGUCUGCAUCUGGACACCACCACAACCAGAGACACUUCCUCUACCCCGCACCCUCUCCCCUGGGCCCCCCGCCUGACCCGGACCCCGACCCGGACCAGGACCUGGACCAGGAGUUGGACCAGGAGCUGGAGCUGAUGGACCAGAGCCCGUACUGUGGCCUGGAGACGGCGGCGACCUCGGCGGCGGUGCGCAGACGCCUGGCCCACUUCCUGCGUGCGGCGGACAGCAGCAUGCAGCGGCGUUUGGCCAAAGUGAGCACAGAGUUGGCCCAGACCGACACGGAGCUGCUGUGUCAGAGAGCGCACUCCCAGCACCUGGCGCAGGAGCGGCGCGCCGUGGCCGAACGAGAGCGCUCUCUCAGCCGCCAGGUGGACGUGGCGGUCAUGGUGAUCGCCGCUCUGAGGGAGCAGCUCAACGCCUCCGAGAACGAGCUGGAGAGGAGAGAGAGAGAGGCCAUCACCAUACAGAAGUUUCUGGAAGCAGCAGCGCGACAGGAAACUAGUGGAAAAGUCAGAAUCCAGCACUUUAUCGAGGGUCUGCUGAGCCGCAUCGCUCUGGCAGAACAUCUGCUGGAAUAUUACCAUAGCAACGGCAGCCCACCGCAGUACCACCACUACAAGCAGCACCAACCCGCCUCUGAGAACGGACCUCACAGAACCACCAAGAGCAGGUCAGCCGCGGGGCCCCUCUCCUCCAGCUUCCCCGACAGCAGGAGCCAGUGUGGGGGCCACAUGUGCAGAGGGCCCCUGCCUGCAGCCUGUGUGGAGCGGGACGUGGACAGGGAGCGGCGCGACAGGCUGGCCCACUCCUCCAGGCUCUUCUGCAGACCCGAGCACAGGGACGGCAUCUGGAACCACCAGAGGAGGCGCUCUGCGGGCUACGAGGCGUAA